AUGUUCGGUCUCUAUAGAGCAACAAACUUUCUAUGCAUAUUAUUUUUGCUCCAAACUUACUCACAACGUAUUCAGGUAAUCUAUGAGGGGCAGAAUGUUGCAUUCUAUUGUAAUGCUACCGGUGGCUCCAAAAAUGAUUACAUACACUACCAAUGGGAGGUUAAUAAUCGUGAUCUAAUAGCCACUGAUGCCUACUUUCAUAUAAGAGGCAUUCAGAAAAGUGAUGAGGGUGAGUAUAAAUGCAUUGCUACUCAAUAUGUAAAUGGGACUCCUAUCGUCGCAACUGAAUCCACAUUUAUCAGUGUUCGCAAAGCUGAUUCCAUCAUAACUCAAGAUGUCGAAGAAGGAAUUUUGGUUCGAAUUUUAUGUAAUGUAAGUAGUGAUGAGAAACCUGAUGGUGCUGGUCCAUUUCGAUACGAAUGGCGUAAUCCAAAUGGUACAUUAGUUGGAACUCAAUGGAAAUUAGAAUUGGGCCACAUCAAAGUACAUGAAUCAGGCAUAUAUGUCUGCCGUGUUUCAUACGAAUUUGACAAAAGACAAAUGUCUACCAGUUCAGCAACAAAAAUAAAUGUUAUUCCACGUGCCGGUGUAAUAUUUCCAGGAAUUCGUGGAAACGUAUUAGAAGUUUUAGAAACAGGUGAUAUUUUGCAAGAAUGUCAAGUGGUCAGUGCAAAGCCAUCUCAGUAUAACUUUCAAUGGUUUGGUCCAGAUGGUCGUUUAAUAUCUAAUUCCGCAUUUCUUCAAAGAGACUAUAUAACAAGACAACGAGAUGAAGGUAUUUACCGAUGUGUGGCUAGUCCAGUUGAAGAAGGGAGAUUACAAGUCGAUAAUAGCCUAAUUGUAACAACAGCGCCACUACGUUUCCAGAUUACAACCAUAGAGGAGGACUUAAAUAUUGGAGGUUUUACACAUCGCCGUAUAGUACCAGUUGAUCCAUCUAAACCAAAUCUUACUACUCGUGAAACUUUUAUAUACCAGUGGCUAGACACAGAAAUGAAUCCAAUUCUUGAUUCGAUGGGGCCAGAUUUACGUAUCAAGUUUCAAAGUCCUUCAGAUUUUGGACGGUAUUCAGUUCGUAUCACUGGAUUGAAUUCUGGCUAUCAGAGAGAUCUGAGUACUUAUAUUACUAUGGAUGGUCGAAAUGGUGAAGUAGAACCAACUUAUUCUGUUGUAAUUCGAGAAAUUUCUGGUCCCCUUUAUUUAAAUGCACGAUUAGAAUUGGAGUGUUCUCCAAGACCACCAAAUUCAGCUGCUAGAAUUAAUUGGCUUGGUCCAGAUGGAAUGGUGGUUUCUGAUUCUAGUAAUAUAGUAUUUGAACGUUUCCAACCUCAUCAUCAAGGUAGAUACACAUGCCAAAUCUUACUACCGAAUCAAAUUAUUUUACGUCAAAGUGUAGAAUUGGUUGUUUCCGGGACAUCAACAGAAAUUCCAGAACCUGACAGACUCUAUACAAUUCGAAUUAUUCAGUCACCUACAUAUUUCAGAUAUAAUGAUGCUGUACACCUACAAUGCAUUGUUUCUCCUACACCCCCAUUAGUAUCAUAUGAGUGGUUUAAAGAUGGCGUGCUUAUUGGACGACAAGCAGAUAUCCAUAUACAGAGAUUUACCCCAGAUGAUGUUGGUCGAUAUCAGUGUGUUGCCCGACUUGACAGUAUGGUACUUACCUUUAACAGUACGAUAUCUAUUGACGAUGGUACAGGAGUGGAUUUAAUAAUGCGACCUAAUAUCAUAUAUAUCCCAGCAUUUCAUCCAUUUGAAAUUGAAUGUUUAUCCAUACGUACCGGUUUAUCACCUAUUGCCAUAUUUGGUAAUGGUGCACCUAUUGAAUCAGAUAAUCGAUUUACAAUUAUAAAACCAAAUGAACAACGAUUAAUUAUAAAAGCUACAGAUGGUUUAUCAAGUGUUUAUAAUGGUUUACGUAUUCGUUGUAUGUUACCAGGACUCAAUUAUAAAGAAGUUACUUUAUACAUAAUGGAUAUUUGUACUGCUAGUCAAUCACAAUGUAGAACUCGACAAUGUAUUCAAACCUCUUCAAUAUGUGAUGGUAAAGCUGACUGUCUUGAUAAGUCAGAUGAGGGUAGCAGUUUUUGCAAUGCUGGACUUACUGUGAUUCCAACUCGUAUUGUAGUUAAACCAUCAGAACCUUUUUCACUUAAAUGUCAAACUAUUUUACCAGGGACCAGAAUGCCACAUGCACGUUUUGUACAUAGUGGUCAAGAUGUAGAGUCCGAUCCUCGAUUUAUCAUUGAGAGAUCUCCAGGUAUUCUGCUUAUUAAGGCACCAUAUGGACUUUCAGUAGAAGCCAAUGAUACAAGAAUUGAAUGUUACUUUCCCGAUGAAAGCCCUAGAACUGCAAUAAUCAAUGUAGUUACUGAUCGAUGUGGAUUGGGAUACUUCAUGUGUUAUGACGGAAAUUGUAUACAACAAUCUCAGAGAUGUGACGGGCAAACUCAAUGUCCCGAUGGAUCUGAUGAAAUUAAUUGUGUUUGCCAACCACCUAGCAUUCUUUGUUCUUCGGGUGAGUGUAUUACUCCUGAAAUGCGAUGUGACGGUACACAACAUUGUCGAGACGGCUCAGAUGAAAUUGGUUGCCCUCCUCGUUGUCGUCCUGGUCAAUAUCAGUGUUCUUCUGGUGAAUGCAUUGAACAACAAAUGAGGUGUGAUGGUCGACAAGAUUGUCGGGACGCUUCAGAUGAGACUGGUUGCCCUGCUCGUUGUCGUCCUGGUCAAUAUCAGUGUUCUUCUGGUGAAUGCAUUGAACAACAAAUGAGGUGUGAUGGUCGACAAGAUUGUCGGGACGCUUCAGAUGAGACUGGUUGCCCUGCUCGUUGUCGUCCUGGUCAAUAUCAGUGUUCUUCUGGUGAAUGCAUUGAACAACAAAUGAGGUGUGAUGGUCGACAAGAUUGUCGGGACGCUUCAGAUGAGACUGGUUGCCCUCCUCGUUGUCGUCCUGGUCAAUAUCAGUGUUCUUCUGGUGAAUGCAUUGAACAACAAAUGAGGUGUGAUGGUCGACAAGAUUGUCGGGACGCUUCAGAUGAGACUGGUUGCCCUCCUCGUUGUCGUCCUGGUCAAUAUCAGUGUUCUUCUGGUGAAUGCAUUGAACAACAAAUGAGGUGUGAUGGUCGACAAGAUUGUCGGGACGCUUCAGAUGAAACUGGUUGCCCUCCUCGUUGUCGUCCUGGUCAAUAUCAGUGUUCUUCUGGUGAAUGCAUUGAACAACAAAUGAGGUGUGAUGGUCGACAAGAUUGUCGGGACGCUUCAGAUGAAACUGGUUGCCCUCCUCGUUGUCGUCCUGGUCAAUAUCAGUGUUCUUCUGGUGAAUGCAUUGAACAACAAAUGAGGUGUGAUGGUCGACAAGAUUGUCGGGACGCUUCAGAUGAAACUGGUUGCCCUCCUCGUUGUCGUCCUGGUCAAUAUCAGUGUUCUUCUGGUGAAUGCAUUGAACAACAAAUGAGGUGUGAUGGUCGACAAGAUUGUCGGGACGCUUCAGAUGAGACUGGUUGCCCUCCUCGUUGUCGUCCUGGUCAAUAUCAGUGUUCUUCUGGUGAAUGCAUUGAACAACAAAUGAGGUGUGAUGGUCGACAAGAUUGUCGGGACGCUUCAGAUGAGACUGGUUGCCGAGAACGAGUAAAUAUUCGUGUAGUGCCAGAUAUCAUUCAUACACAGCCGUACGAAAAAUGGAAGUUUGAAUGCUCUGUGAUAGGUGCAGAUAUAGAACCAAUAGUCAAAUUCCAAGAUGGUAGACUUGUCGAAUCAGAUCCUAACUUUCGAGUUACUCGCAUUGAUCCCAACACUGUCAGCGUUGAAGCGAUUCAUGGCUUAACGGAAAAAAAGGAGCGUCUUAGCUUCAUAUGUACAUUCCCUGGUGGACCAGAGGAGGAGAUAGAUGUUUAUGUUCGACGACGAUGUCCUCAUGGUGAAUUCAUGUGUAAAGAUGGAACAUGUCUUCCAGAAAGGGAUUUUUGUAACGGUCGAGUUGAUUGUCCUGAUGGUUCAGAUGAACGACCUCCAUAUUGUAGGGAAAUUGUACAAGUGGAAGUUAAACCAAGCAUUAUUCAUGUUCAACCGUAUAAACGUUUUGAAUUUGAAUGUAUUUCUUAUGUUCCUGGGAUAAAACCAGAAGCUCGAUUACCUAGUGGUAUACUUGUAAGUCAAGAUCCACGUUUUAAUGUAAUAUACCUUUCACCAAAUCAUCUUCAAGUAAAUGCAAUAUAUGGUUUAACAGAUAGAGAUCAUCCAUUCCAGAUUUAUUGUAUAUUUCCUGGAUUAGAAAAUAGAACUGCUGUAAUAGAAAUUGAAAGACCUUGUCCAAGUGGACAGUUUCAAUGUAUGGAUGGACGAUGUUUACCAUCUAAUGUAUUUUGUGAUGGCAAAUCGGAUUGUUCAGAUAGUUCAGAUGAAAAUGAACGAUACUGUGCUGUAAACAUCAGAGUGACACCAGGUUCGAUUCGUGUAGUCCCAUAUCAACGUUUUCAACUCGAAUGUUCGACGUCAAUCCCAGGCGUAUCUCCUCAAGUAACGUUUGACGAGCGUUCAGUAGAAAGAGAUAAUCGUUUUGUUGUUACUCGUCCAAGUCUUCAAACUAUAGUAGUGACAGCGCCAACUGGUUUAUCAGAAAUUGGUGCACACAGAUUUAAAUGUAUUGUAUCCGUAAAUAUUGUUAAAGAAGUCGAUGUAGAAAUCAUAAGUGAAUGUCCACCUGGGCAAUUAAAAUGUAGAUCUGGUGAAUGCUUGCCAAGUGCAGUAUUUUGUGAUGGGAAGUAUGAUUGCCCAGAUAGAUCAGAUGAAGAUCCAAGAUCAUGUGUUCCUACAAUUAUUAUUACUCCAACAACAAUUUUAACAAGACCACAUGAAUCUUUCCAAUUUGAAUGUAAAUCAGUUAUGCCAGGUGGUGAACCAAAAAUUACACUUGAAGGUUAUCCAGUUGAAAAUGAUCCCAGAUUUACAAUUGUACGUCCAAGCCGUGAACAUGUUAUUGUUCGAGCAGAAAGUGGUAUUGCUGAUCCUGGAAAAUAUUCUUUCACUUGUACCGUAGUAAGUGCAGCUAGUAAGACAAUUGUGGUACAAGUUGAAUCAGUAUGUCCACCUGGUUAUUCUAAGUGUAAAGAUGGAAUGUGUAUCCUGGACAACCAGUUUUGUGAUGGGAUACUUCAUUGUCGAGAUGGCUCAGAUGAAGACAAGUUACGGUGCCCUGAAGUGGCUGUUGAUGUACGAGUUCACUUUACUCCUGGUGAAUUACGAAUUCAACCUGGUCGAGCAUUCCGUUUGGAAUGUGUGACGGAUAAACCGGGCACAUCUCCAGUUUUACAGUUUCUUGAUGGGAGACCAAUAACAAGUGACCCAAGAUUUGUGGUUUCUAGGCCAUCAACUGAACGUGCUAUCAUAGACGUUCCUGGAGGCCUUGAUGCUAGAGACAGACAGAUCAUAAUCGAAUGUGUAUCUCCCAGUGGUGAAAGAAAAACAUCAACCAUCUUCAUCGAACUAGGUUGUCAACCAGGACAAAGACGAUGUCCCAGUGGGCAGUGUAUAUUUGUUGGUCAAUUCUGUGAUGGGAAACCUGAUUGCGAUGAUGGAUUUGAUGAGAAACCUGAAAACUGUGAGUAUUGUGAUCCAAUAACAAAACCAUGCGAAGUUGUGAAUGGUAAACCACCUAAAGAAAAAACCUAUGAACUACAUUGGAGGUGUGAUGGCGAAGAUGAUUGUGGAAAUCGGUUUGAUGAACAAAAUUGUCUAAAUGACACUCGUGUACCAGAUAAAGAGUGUGGUGCUACUCAUUUCAGAUGUGGUACUGAACCAUAUCAGUACAUACCGUUUGCAUACUGGUGUGAUGGAGGUCGUGAUUGUCGAGGUGGUGAAGAUGAAGCUGAUUGUUCCCCACCUACCAUAAUUCAAACUCAACGUCAAGAAACUCAUAGAGUUCGUCCUGGUGGUAGACUGAUUUUAGAAUGUGAAGCAUCCGGUGUUCCACCACCUAUGAUCAUUUGGCGUUUCAAUUGGAGAUGCCUUCGUGAUGAAACACGAAUGAGGACCCAAGCUGUGCCAAGUUCGCUUGGAUGUAAGGGUUCAAAGAGUCGUCUAACAAUCGAAAAUUUCAGGGAAGGUGACGAUGGGAUUUAUAAUUGUGAAGCACUGACAUCGAAAGAAAGAGCUAUGUCCCAGGAUAUAUUUGUUUUUCUAUCUCCUUAG